AUGGCCACGAAGGUCCAGCACUCUGGAGACCAGCAGCAGGAGAGCACUGCUAAGUCUCAGAAGGACCUCUCCCUGGACUCUACUAGAACGAGACCGACAUCUUCGGCGCCGGCAACACAGCUUUGGGAAUCGGCGGCUCACAGUUAUGUAUAUUGUGAGGAAGCUCCCGCUGGAAAAGCUAUCCAUAUCACUCUCUCCAGAAACCCGCUCAACCUUCAACCCUCCAAAGCUGUACCAGAUUGGACUUGA